AUGACCGAUUUCGAUGAAUACGAGUAUCUGGAGAAGGCGGUAGAGCAGGGAGUCGGAGGGGAAGAGGAGGGCGGAGAGCAAGCUCCAGAGGGCGAGGAGCGAAGGAAAAGGGAAGGUGAAAACGGUGCGGGAGAGGACCAGGAAGACGAGAACCGGAGCAAACGCUCUCGUCGGGACGACGACAAGGAGAGGGACCGAGACAGAGAUCGCAGCGGGAAGGAUCGCGACAGAGACCGUGACAGGGAGAAGGACAGGGAUCGCAGCGGGAGGGACAAAGAUCGGGAUAAGGGACGGAGCGAUCGGCACCGCGACAGGGAUCGGGACCGCAGCGACCGUGGAGAUCGGGAUCGCGACAGGGAUCGGACUCGCGAGCGGGAAGGACACGAUCGGCACCGGGACAGGGACCGUGAUCGGAGGAGAGGAGACAGAGACCGUGAUUACGAGAGGAAGCACAGAGAGUCCGGGCGGGACAGUCGGCGAGAGAAAAAGGACAAGGAAGCGGAGCUAGAGCUCGACCCCGAAAGAGAUCAGCGCACCGUGUUUGCCUACCAAAUCAAUUUGAAGGCGGAUGAGAGGGACAUCUACGAGUUUUUCACUCAAGCCGGCAAGGUGCGCGACGUGCGUCUCAUCAUGGACCGUAACUCCCGCCGUUCCAAGGGUGUCGGCUACAUCGAGUUCUACGACGUGAUGUCGGUGCCCAUGGCCAUAGCGCUGUCGGGCCAGCUGCUGCUGGGGACGCCCGUGAUGGUCAAGCCGUCCGAAGCGGAGAAGAAUCUCGCGGCGCAGAACCCGCUGCCCGUCGUCGCGGGCAUGGGCGGCCUCCCGGGCGUGGCGGGCGCGGGGUUCCUGGUGCCGAGCCUCACGGCGUCGUCGCGGAAGCUGCACGUGGGGAACCUGCACGUGAACAUGAACGAGGAGCAGCUCCGCCAGGUGUUUGAGCCGUUUGGGGAGCUGGAGCUGGUGCAAGUCCCUACAGAGGAGUCUGGAAAGUGCAAGGGCUUUGGCUUCGUCACGUAUGCCAAGGUGGAAGACGCUCGGAUGGCCGGCAGCAACCUGCAGGGUCUUGAGCUCGCAGGACUCGCUAUUAAGAUCACUCCUGUGCCGGACACCUACGGUGUAGCUGACGCAGUGCAAGCAGUGCCAGGGCAACUGGACGAGGGCGAGGGAGGCAUGGCUCUAACUGCGCAGUCUCGUGCAGCUCUCAUGAUGAAGCUUGACCGCACGGGGGUGGCAGGUGCGCCGGUGCUGCCAUCACCAGGAGUGAAUCCAGCAGCCAUGGGUCUUCUCAGCAGCAACCCUCUGGCCGCCAUGGGUCUCCGCCCCCCCAUCCUGCCUCCUGCUGGCGGCGGCCUCGCGUCCAUCCCAGGGGGAGCGGCAGCUGCCGCCGCAGCAGCAGCCGCGCUUGCAGCGAAUCCGCUUAUCGCCGCCGCUGCCGCUGCUGGUGGGGGGACGCCGCUGCCACCUCCAGCUGCGGCUGCUGCUGCUGCUAUGGCGGCAGCGGCUGCAGCUGCUGGUGGUGGUGGUGCUGCGGCGCCAGCGGCAGCAGAGGUGGUGGGGCCGCCCACGGAGUGUCUGCUGCUCACCAACAUGUUCGACCCGUCUCAGGAUAUAGACGAGGAGUUUGAGCAGGACAUAAGGGAGGACGUGGAGGACGAGUGCACCAAGUUCGGCCCGGUCAAGAAGGUCAAUGUCGACCGGCACAGCAGCGGGCAUGUGUAUGUGCUGUUUGAGUCGGCCACGUCUGCUGCAGCAGCCCGUGCGGCGCUGCACAACCGCUACUUUGCUGGCAAGGCCAUCAGCGCCACCUUCAUUACUCCUGAGCAAGUGGCGGCCAAGUUUGGUGCCACGUAG